AUGCAUGCUCCAGCUGCCGAAAAUCAUCAAGUCGGAAGUGCGUUGGUUGGCCGAACAGAAAUACCAGUUAAUGAAAGACUAGAAGUGAGCUUUUGUAACUUGAGCGUGGAAAUCAAUAAGCAAAAGUUGCUCCAAAAAUGCAACGGACGCUUUCGAGCAGGAAAGCUUACUGCGAUACUUGGAGACUCUGGAUCUGGCAAAACUACGUUGCUCGAAGCUGUUGCUGGUAUUUCACGGACCGGGAUCAUUGAUGGUCACAUCAUGAUCAACAACAGAAUAAUGACACCGAGACAAAUGUCGUCUUUGGUGGGGUUUGUUUUUCAAAGUGAUGAGAUCCGAGCUACUAUGACGGUUAAAGAAGCUAUUACAAUGUCUGCUGAACUACGGCUUUCUGAUAUGAGUGUACAUGAACGUACAGCGCGAGUUGAUGAGAUUAUCGACGUGUUGGGGUUAAGUAGUGUCGCUGAUACUUGGUGUGGUAACUCUGAGGUGAAAGGAAUAUCAGGUGGACAACUGCGGCGUGUUUCUGUUGCUCAAGAACUUGUUGUUUCUCCUUCAUUGUGUUUCUUGGAUGAGCCUACUACGGGACUUGAUGUUUAUACUGCCUACUUCUUUGUUCGCCUGUUGAAAGGAUUGUCUCUUACGGGACGAACCAUCGUUGCCACAAUCCAUCAACCCAACAGACAAAUGUUUGACUUAUUCGACGACAUCCUAAUCCUAUCCAAGACGGCUGGCAUAAUCUAUCACGGUCCAACAUCCGAAAUGGCCACCUUCUUUUCCAAGCAUGGAUACACCAUUCCACCUGAAGUCAACCCUGCGGAGUUUGUCUUUUCAGUCAUUUUGAGCCCUGAGAAGAUUGAUCAUAAUGGGCAAAAGUUGAUGUCGAUUGCUGAAGAUGCACAGAAUAUGAAUAUGGAUGUUAGUGACACGACAUCGAAUGAUAUUCCAUUGUCUGCUUACAAGAAGCCUGCAUCGUUUGGAAGACAGUUGACCAUCUUGUUGGCCAGAGAUUUCAAGACUAUGAUACGGAAUAAGAUUAUAUUACCUGCUAGGAUUAUAGUUGGGAUAUUUUACGUACUGGCUGUGGGAUUGGAAGUGUGGAGAUCAGGAGUUGGAAAUGAUUCUGGAAGCGUAUCUGGUCGAAUUGGCGGAAUAUACUACUUUGCAAUUGGAAUUGCUUCAGUGCCUACAAUAUUGGCAAUCACUGCUUUUGCAGAUGAUGUUUCGAUAUUUAUACGUGAACGGUCGUCUGGCAUAUACACUGUUUUUGUGUAUUUCAUGUCGAAGGUGUUGCUUGAUACACCUCAAAUGAUGGUCAUAUCCUUCUUCCAAUGCAUCGCUGCCUACUACAUCAUAGGCCUUCAAGCGUCGACUUCAAAACUCUUUAUUUAUGCCUUCAUUCACGUUUUGGCUACGGCAGCAGCAUCAGCACAAGGACUCGCUGUUGCUGCGUCACUGCCUUAUUUGCCAGCUUUUGUUGCUAUAGCGGUAGUCCUCAUAGGAACACCGAAUUUGGUUGCUGGAGUCGUGGUUAAUAUGAGCAAGGUUUCCCCUGCUCUAAGAUGGGUUCAAUAUCUGUGGUAUGCCUCCAGUCUGACGCUCGGUUUUAUCAGCAUUAAUCGUAUGUCUCACAUCCCAAACAACUUUCUACCAAAGGUCCAAGCUGCUCUUUUGAAUGAAUUCGAUGGCCUCGAAGUUACUUGCCGUUACGGCGAUGCCAACUUAACGAAUGGAAUCGACUGUAUAAGCCCAUUCUUUACCGACAAUCUGCAAAUAAGGGAUGAUUGUCUUUGUCUUGCUGGAUGUGCGAUUCUUUUUUUCGUCGGAGCAUACAUGUCUCUAUGGAAUAUGGUCAGAAGUUCUCAAAGAGCCGUGUAUCGCUCUUCUACGAAUAUUGGGGACGAUAUGAGACGAGUGUUCUCAGAUUCUGAUGUCGUAGACGCUGCGCCAACUGUCGGGAAUACGAGAUCUUUGCCAGGUGCAGGUCUAAAUACGACUUUCAAGGAUAUGACUGGCAAGAUUCAGUUGAGUUUUGAAAACGUAUCCUUGACAGUCAGUAUUCCAUCGCCGGAAACUGGUAUUGGACUGGUGAAACGACGAGUGACGAAAGAGAUAUUGCAGGAUUGUUCUGGUACGUUUCAUUCUGGACGACUUUGUGCUUUAAUGGGACCAUCUGGAGCUGGUAAAAGCAGUCUUUUGGAAUGCGUCGCUGGUGUUCAACGUAACGGUCGCCUUUCUGGCUCCAUUACUUGCAACGGACAAAGACUGAAGCUUCAUCACAUGAGACGAAUCGCUGGAUUCGGGUACCAAGAGGAUGUUCUCCAACCGACCAUGACUGUGCGAGAAGCGUUACAGUUUUCAGCAGACUUGAGACUCGCUAAUAUGACAGUCUCGCAACGACGAGCACGUGUUGAUGAAGUUAUAGAAGUUCUUCGUUUGACGUCUGCUCAACAUACCAGGAUUGGCGAUUCGUUGGAACGUGGGAUUAGUGGUGGUGAGAGAAAGCGAGUGUCUGUUGGGAUUGAGUUGGUCGUCAAUCAUCAAAUUAUAUUUCUGGACGAGCCUACUUCUGGUCUGGAUUCGUAUAGAGCUUACAGUAUGGUGCGAACACUGAAAUCACUCACUCAGCUCGGCCAUCUGGUUGUAUUUACGAUUCAUCAGCCAUCCUUUGAGACGUUCAAACUAUUUGACGACGUCUGCGUCAUCUCCAAAGGCAGAAUGUACUAUUCAGGACCAGCAACCCAAAUGAUAUCAAACCUCUCUCCAGACUCCAACGACAUGGGAAGCAUGUUUACCAACCCAGCAGACUAUGUCUUUUUAAAAAUUCUCCACAAUGUUGAAGAUAUUGAUACCGUUGGAUUGCGAGACGAUGAUGAUGGCCGUCAUCUUACCGUGAUUGAAGAAGAAGUUCCAUUAUCUGCUCUUCAACCGCAUCUGGAGAGUGAAAAGUAUUCAGAGGCUUUGAAUGACGGAGUACUGCCGUCAGCAUUCAAGGACAGUGUUUCGACAUUCAGACAGAUAUUCAUCUUGCUUGGUCGAGAAUGGAGCCAUGCAUUGAGAGAUCCUCUACUUGUCAGAGUUCGAUUGGUACAAGCGGUGCUAAUAGGUCUUCUAGAAGGAGGAUUAUAUUAUCAUGUUGGAGUUUAUUAUGAUUAUCUGAGUAUCAGAGGACGGAUUUAUGCGAUCUUUCAACUGGUGUAUCAAUCGGCGUUGUACACCUUGCUGACAUCCUUUGGCAUGUUUUCUGUGGAAAGGCCAUUGUUUCUACGUGAACAAUCUACAGGAUUCUAUAAUGUGAUUUCCUACUUUGCUGCCAAAGUCCUUAGCGAACUACCGCAAAUUCUAAUCUUCACAUCAAUUCGUUCCACCAUUUACUACUUCAUGGCCGGUUUCCAACCUGUGUUUACCAAAUGGCUCAUUAGCAUUUUAUUUAACAUUCUCGUUACAACCUCAUCUUGGCUCUUUGGAACCUUCUUGUCUGCACUCAUCCCGUCGCUGCCAGUGUUGCUCAAUCUGUUUGCAGUUAUUGCGGUGCCAAUAGUGGGAUUUUGCGGUGUGUUGGUCUCUAUUGAUUAUAUUCCAAAAUUCGUCUCGUGGUUGCAGUAUCCAAACCCAUUCAGAUUCGCAUUUCUGGCUCUUCUCAUCAAUGAAUUCGGCGGUGUUGAUGUCGAUUGUUUAGAAAACGGUGUCCUAUUACCUGGCAUUCAAUGUAUUGAGCAAGGAAUCCCUCUACUGUAUUCUAUUGUAGAGUGUGGGUGGAUUUUGGUCGUGUUGACUUCUGGUGGUAUGAUUUUGGCAUAUUCUGGAUUACUGAUAGCAGCUAGAGCUUCUGCGCCUGUUAGAUUUGCAAAGACACGGAUGAAGAUGCCCAUCUUUACUUCAGCGGCGGUUGAUUCAAGCUCAUCGCUGCUUAAAGCGUCAAUAGAUAUCGCCAAUGCACUCGUGCAGGCAGUUAAAGAGGGCCGUGAGCUCCCAAAAGACAUUCAGACGUUACGUGCCAAGAUUUCCAAGCAAUACAAGUUGUCAAGUGCUCCAAAAUUGACAGACAUACUCUCUGCCAUUCCGGAAGAGUACAAGGCUAUUCUGGUGCCAAAGCUGCGCGCAAAACCUGUCAGAACUGCUUCUGGUAUUGCAGUGGUGGCAGUCAUGUGCAAACCACAUCGCUGUCCUCAUAUCGCUGUGACUGGAAAUAUUUGCGUAUACUGUCCUGGAGGACCAGACUCAGACUUUGAAUACUCGACACAAUCGUAUACAGGAUACGAACCGACAUCUAUGCGAGCCAUUCGAGCACGAUAUGAUCCAUACGAACAAGCUCGUGGACGAGUGGACCAGUUGAAAUAUCUAGGCCAUUCGGUUGACAAAGUCGAAUAUAUUAUUAUGGGAGGUACAUUCAUGUCUCUUGCGGAAGACUAUCGGGAGUGGUUUAUCUCUAGUUUGCAUGAUGCAUUGUCGGGACAUACUAGUGCUAAUGUUGAUGAGGCAGUCAGGUUUGGUGAGCAGGCUAUCAACAAGUGCAUUGGUAUAACGAUUGAGACCCGGCCUGAUUAUUGUCUUAAGCCGCAUCUGAGUCAAAUGUUGAGAUAUGGAUGCACUCGUUUGGAAAUUGGUGUACAAAGUGUUUAUGAAGACGUUGCUAGAGAUACCAACCGAGGACACACAGUUAAAGCGGUCUGUGAAUCCUUCCAUCUUGGCAAAGACGCUGGCUACAAGAUUGUCACACACAUGAUGCCUGACUUACCGAAUGUCGGCAUGGAACGUGAUAUUGAUCAAUUUAAAGAGUUUUUUGAGAACCCAGUAUUUAGACCGGAUGGACUCAAGAUUUAUCCAACACUAGUUAUUCGAGGAACAGGCUUGUAUGAGUUGUGGAGGACUGGCCGAUAUCGUAACUAUACGCCAGAGGCAUUGGUAGAUUUGGUAGCCAGGGUUCUUGCUCUAGUUCCUCCAUGGACCCGUGUUUAUCGAGUGCAAAGGGAUAUUCCGAUGCCACUUGUCACAUCUGGUGUCGAAUAUGGUAAUUUACGGGAACUCUCGUUGAAUCGACUACAGGACCUAGGCACUCCAUGUCGGGAUGUCCGAACCCGUGAAGUCGGGAUCCAGGACAUCCACUUCAAGGUCCUACCAGAUCAAGUCGAACUUAUACGUCGUGAUUACGUUGCUAAUGCUGGCUGGGAAACAUUCUUAUCAUAUGAAGACCCCAAACAAGAUAUUUUGAUUGGAUUACUACGGCUACGUAAAUGCUCUGCUGCCACAUUCCGUCCAGAGCUUCUAGUUGCUGGUCAAACCUCUUUGGUUCGUGAAUUGCAUGUAUAUGGUACAGCUGUGCCUGUGCAUAAUCGUGAUCCUACAAAAUUCCAACAUCAAGGGUAUGGAACAUUGUUGAUGGAAGAAGCAGAGAGGAUUGCAAGAGAGGAGCAUGGCUCUGUGAAAAUGUCAGUCAUUUCAGGAACCGUGCCCGUCAUGCCGCUGGAGGAUGAUGAUCCAUCGCAACGGGAUGUUACGUCCAAGGCUAAAGUGUUUCAACAAAAGGUUGAAGAAAUCGCCUCUUCAAUUAAAAAACCACCCAUAACCGGACUGUCUCGCCACAAGACAGUCACAGCUUCAUCAAUGAGUCGUGCACCAGCUAUGGAAUCAGGAAAUUCACGUGACAAGGCCCCCAUUUCCGUGGUUAUGGUGGAAGAGAAUGAUCCAGCCUUGCAAUCCGUUUGGUCUAAACUGUCGCAUUUCGAAACCAAAAUGCAAAGUGUAGCUGCUUCUGGACAGGCUGGACGACCUCUUGGUCCUGCAUCACCAGCCGCUGCUCAACGAUCACCAGGAGGAAGCUUGGAAGCCCUCGAUGCCGCAGCACAUUCAAUGGAGUCGCUUACACGUCAUGCAUCGGCUACUAGUGUAUUGAGAGGUGGCAACAGUGCUUUGAGACGAAACAAUACUAUACAGGCCGCUGGUGUGGUUCGAUCCCACGAAUCGCUUGCCCCUCCACGUCGACCAGCUCGUGCUAUAUCUAUCCGUCGAGUUGGAGACGAAGGCGUCUCGUCCAACGUUACAGACUCGCAAGCUACUAUUGUCCCUACCAGGCUAGAUCGCCAAACGUCAUUGGAAGAAUUCGGUGUACGUGCCGAUGAACCACAAACAACAUCAACGCCAUUACCAGCUGCACCUGUACUACUCGAACGACAUAUAUCCAUAGCCAAGAACCGUCCGUUAAUGCCACAGCAACCACUCCCAUCCCCCAUUGUGGUGAAUAAAGCCAACAUCAAUCCUGUUGGAGACAUCAGUUUGCUGUCACCUGCUUUAAAUGGCUUGGCUUCUACACCUGCUGCUCAUACUCCAUCAUUGCCAGAGUCGAUGAAACCGUGGUCUGCUAGAGCGAUGCUGAUUACAGGUGUAUCGCCUGUUGAAAGUCAAACUUCGGAUUCGAGAUUGGAUGAACAGCUCUAUAAGAUGGAAGAUACGACCAAGAUUCAGAGGGACGCUUCAUCUGAGAUAGGAGCUGGUAGAAUAAGCGUGCCUGUUAGUGAUAAUGCGCGAGCUAGUGUGGUUCAAGACGGAUUUACUGCUUCGUCAGCUGGCUCUGACAAAGUAAACGAAGGUGAUAUCGAAGUAGUGCAAGUCGAAUCUACACGAACUAGUGUAGUAACACAAUCAAGCGAUGGCAAGAAGAAAAUCAAAUUUGUCAACAAGAAGAGACUCAGCACAACAGAACCAACAUCUCCCUCCUCGAUUACACGAGACUCAGUUGCCGGUGAUAUAUGUCAAGAAAGAGCCAGCGUUGUUGCUCAAAUACCAGAAGAGACAAUCCUUGCUCUUUCACAACCACGUCAACGACCAGCAUCAUUUAUCGAGCAAACCAGUACCAAUCGACUCAGCGUCACUUCAGCAUCAAUGACACCAGAUUCGGCUGGAAUGACUGGAGACAGUGCAGCCAGAAUCAGUGUCGUUCAAGCUGCACCAUCUGUUGUUCAACGAGCUAGUGUAGCACAACGACCCAGUAUAGUUCAACGUGGGUUUGUUCCUCAAAGAAGUAUGGGCGAAAGGUCCAAUUCAAGAGAAGAUGUCAAGUCUUCGAGAGAGGAAAUGAAGUCAUCGUCACGAGAAAAUUUGACCUUGUCUGCUUCGAGGUCUAGUUUGAAUCAGUUGGCCGUGCCUACGCCUCAACGAUCUAUGGUUGAUGUCACUUCCAAUCAGAUAGCUGUGCUUUCUGAAACAGCUUCACAGGACGCUGUACAAGGACUAGCUCAAGAGCCAGUGCAAGAACCAGCACAAGAAUCAAUCGUCAAAACUCAAAGCACUGAUUCAUUGUCCAGGGUUGGAGAUACCAGUGCUGAAGAAAUGAUGAUGAAGGCCAUUGAUGAGCUUCGAGAGGCUGGAAAGCCAAGAAAUCCUGCCAUUGCUGCUAUAACUAUACCUACUCAAACUACUGCAGAUUCUUCUGAUGAUUUAUUGGCAUUGUAUGCUACUUCGCCUUAUGACAGGAAUGAAGUGAAUACUCCUGCGGAACGUAGUGAUCGUACAUCCGUCGCCACAAUCGUCCCAACAACACGCGAUAACUCAGUUAUCAUCUCUGAGGCACGUCAAUCAAUUACCUCCAGUUCGGGUGAAACACCAAUCCUCGUACACCGCAACCCUGUACAAAUGGAAGUCGCCAAACGCGUCGUUCGUCGAGAACGAAGAGCAAAUACUAUGGGAUCUGCUCUAUCACCUGAAAGCCCAGUCGAUUUACAAGCUGCUCGAGACAUGUUUAUUGCAGCUAGACAAGCCUCUGCUAAAUUCAAUGACCAGAUCGCUUCAGCAGCAGCAAAACCAGUCACUGCACCUACCACGUUGAGUGAUACUGGAUCAGCACAAGCACCAACGAAGGGUGUAGUACCUGCUGCUUCACGACCAUUGUCUAUAGUCAUGUCGGAUACCAUGCAAAUCAAUACCGGGCCCUCCCAAGCAGUAGUUGAAUCAUCUACUAUUGUCGUGAUGAGCUCUCAGCCAAUGAUGCUUUCCAAACCCGUCAUGAAGGCUCCAAGACUCGAACGACCCGGCAGUCAACUCGCAUCACCUACACCAGCUAUGAGUCCAGCCAUGAGUGUAAUCGCAAACAGUCCAACAGCAUCUGAAGGUCAAUGGUCUCAAAACUCGCUUGUUUCAACACCAGUGCUAGAAGCACAUCCAAACUUGCUGCAAGCAUUGGCAAAAGAUGUCACCAAACCUGUCGUUGAGGAACAACAACAACGAGAAUCGAUUGCAGUGGUGCCAGAAGUUCAGAUUACAGAGACUGAACCCAUGACCGCUACUACGCAAGCUGAAUCAGCCUCCACUGCUCCGAGCUCUGUAGCAUCUAGUCGACCAGUUUCAGGACCACCAAACCGACCAUUACCAAUCAUACCAAACAGUUAUGGAACUUUGACUGGUCCUCUACCUCCUAGUCUAGCACCUGCACCUGUAUUGGAUCCAAUUAUUCGCAGCAAGUCUAUUCGACAACAAAAGUCAAUCAGAGUUCCAAACAAGGCAGCUGGGGCUAAAGGCGCUCAUGGAGCUCUCACUGGCUUAUUUGAUGGUCCAUCAGAAGGCAGUCAUGUAUCGGAGGAAGCUAGAAACUCAACAGCCACGGAUUCUGUACACGACGAUGAAUCCGAUGUACGAACAAGCCGAAUCGAAGACGUAUCUUCCAUGCCAAGGGAUUCAUCUGUAUCUGCUGGAAGACCGUCACAAGCUGAACGACACUCGGGUAGCAGCAGACCAGAAACCCUACCUGUCGACCCAGAAGUAACGGCACCACGUGUAACGACAUUUGGACGUCCCUCUAGCCAACCACUCAAGAUUGACGCAUCAACCGCCGAAAAGGACACGAGAUCACCUGCAGAAAUAAUACAAGCUGGUGGUGGUGGCCACCUCUCAGAUCGCAUCUCCCUGCUAAUGAGUCCCAAGGAUGGAGAAGAUGAACCAAAGACAAAGAGUUACGAGGCGCUAAGUGGAAUCACAAAACUCAAGGACCGGUCUUCCGCAAUCGCAGACACACUGGGACAAGUGCAUUCACGGGAGGGUAGUGGAGUAUCAGCAAAUGGAUUGCCAGCUAAAUUGAACAAGCAACCAUCAGAAGCAUCACCGGUUUCAAAGAAGAGUGGAUUUCCAGCUCCGUUGCGACGAGCAGCUACUAUUGCUAGUCGUAGUACAGUGACUUCGUCGGCUUCAUCUGUAGCUGGUCCACCACCACCUGUGCCUAAUGCAGCUACCAAGCCAAGUGGUAAACGUCUUGUUGCUAGUACGCCGCCAGUAAAGGCAGGCAAUCCACCAACAGCAGGAUCAACAUCAGCAGCUGCUACUCAACAACCCACUGCACCAACACCGCAAGACGUCUUUGCCAUUAUCAUGCAACAACCUAAUGGUCGACCAAAUCCAUCUCCAGCAUCGCCAAGUCCAGCAAGUCAGUUGAAAAGAUCAUUGCCGUCACUUCCUGACAAACUUAUACAAGAAGUACGAGAGACUGAACCAUCUCCCAAGACUGGAUUGUUCAGAGCACUGUCAUUCAAAAGACCGGGAUCCAAACAGAAUCUUCAUACAACAUAG